AUGAAACAUGGGUCAUGGUCAUGGAUCAUGUACACAAGUUACUAAUAAGUCAUGAAAAAUGAAAGUACAACUCAGUCAGUUACUUCAGCCUCCUCUGAGCAGUAAUCACCUCUACAUCCCUUCAUCAUUUCUUCCAUUUUCUCUUCUACUAUGGAUGUGAAAGACAAACUGUGUGAUGAUCUGUUCCUUUUAAUUGAGAAGCAGGAGCAAUUUGCAGAUCAACUCAUGGAUUUGGCCACAGAUUUGGAGGAGAUGACUCAAACUAUGACUAAAGGCAAAUUUGUGGGAAACACAGCAACUGUGCUUGGGUCUGCUACCCUAAUUGGAGCAGGUGUUGCAAUUUAUAUAACUGGAGGUCUGGCUCUACUACCCUUGGUGGUGGCAAAGGGAGCCGGUGUUGUGGCUUUGAGUGGCACUGCAACCAGUGUUACGUGUACAAUUGUUGAAAUGUUGAAAUCCAAUAAAGCAAUGGAAAAUGCAAAAAGAAUAGCUAAUGAAAUUGAAGAGAUUUGGAAAAAAGUGGGUGAGAGUCAAGACCUUAAAAUCUUGUCGUCUGAUGAAUUGGGAUGGAAAAUCACAGCAACAAUCCUGAAAGCCGUGGCCAAAAAAGCAGCAACGAAAGGAGCAAAAUAUGCAACAAAAUCAGCAGUAAAAAAAGGAACGUCUCUUGCACUAAAAACUGUGUUGAAGGGAACAAGCCAGAUUGCAGGUGGAGCCCUUGGCUUAGUGUUCACACUUCCAGAUCUGAUUAACAACUGUGAGGACCUGAUUAAAGGCAAACAUGAGACAGAUGCUAGCUCAUAUAUGAGAGAAAUAGCUAAGCAAAUCCAUGAUGCUGUGAGACAAUUACAGGAGCAGAUUAAUAACAUGGAAGAGUCUAAUGAAACUUCGGACAGCGAGUGACAUUGAUACAAUCAAUAGCCUUUUUUCAUAAAUCCAAAGGAAGAACUGUUCUUUGGGUUCAUCAUUAACCUUUCAUCUUCUUGAACACCUGCUUUUAUUGAAUAUGCAAUCUACACACCAGUUAAUGCCUAACUUUGAGUGCAUUCUUAGUCAUAAAUUAGCCUACUGUAGAAAACACUUAGCAAAUAUAAAUUUAGAUAUCAGUUAACAAAUGUAUAAUCGCUAAGCAACAUUAUGUAUCAUGCAUGCUAUUUAGACUAAUCAUGUCAAAUAAACUGAACAUAAAACUAUUCUUUCUCCAGCA